AUGGCGGCGGCUGUUGGCACGGCCCAGUUGCUCCUCGGCAAGGUGCUCACAAAGCUGUCGGAUGAGCGGGUGGCCUCCUAUGUGGCCAGCUCCGAGCUCGGCCUCGACUCCCAGAAGAUCAAAGAUGGCCUGAUGCACACGGCUGGUCUGCUGCAACACGCCCACGGAAGAGGCACCACCGACAUUCCUGGACUCCAGGACUUGCUGGAAAACCUGAGCAAGAAGGCUGACGAGGCUGAGCAGUUGCUCAACACGCUCCAGUACUUCAUGAUCCAGGACCAGCUUGACAGCACCCAGCUAGUCAAGCCAGAUCUUGGCGAUGGCCUCAAGGUCAACAAGGUUCAUGCUCGUCAUACGCUUGGUAACUGCCUUCCAUGCUUUUCUUGCUCAUGUACCAGUAGCCCACAAAAUGGAACAAAGUCUGAUAGCAGCGACCUUGUCGAUGAGUUGGCAUUUGACAGUGUGUCCAUGUCCAUCAAAAUUAAGUCGGUCUUAGAGGAGACACACUCCAUAUGCGUUCAGGUCUCCGACUUGCUCGCGAUUCCAAACCAUACCAACAGCCCAACGACUGCCAUAACUAUCCCCCACACAAUGUCUUUUAUAGGAUCAACAAUUGCAUAUGGUGCCUUGUAUGGUAGGGACGCCAUUUCAGAGGAAACUAUAGAUGUCAUCACCAGUUGUGAUGAAACCCUUUCUGUUCUUCCUGUUGUCGGGCCACCGGGCAUUGGAAAAACAACUUUCAUCCGGCUCUUGUAUAAUAGUGUAAGGAUUAAAGACCAGUUCACUGUAAUAUUCUGGGUAUGUGUACAAGCAGAUUUCAAUGUACUAGAGCUCACCCAAAAUAUCCAUAGAUGUAUUCCUGCAACUGAAAACGAAGAAAGUAUCAGUGUUGCAAAUGAAGUAGCCAAUCUAGACCAGCUUCAAAUUUCCAUUGCACGAAUACUGAAGUCCAAAAGGUUUUUGGUUGUCUUGGAUGAUGUGUGGCCAUGCAAAAGUGAUGAAUGGAAUACCCUAUUAGCUCCAUUCACAAAAGGAGAAGCCAAAGGCAGCAUGGUUCUUGUUACAACUCGGUUCAACUCGGUAGCACAAAUGGUGAAAACAAUGGAUCCAAUAAUGCUACAUGGUUUGGACCCUAAUGUUUUCCUCAGAUUCUUUGAAGCAUGUAUAUUUGAUCAUCUCGAUAAACCUGGGCAUUACGAAGAUGAGUUAAUUGAUAUUGCAAGAGAUAUUGCAGGGAAGUUACAGGGUUCCCCGUUAGCAGCCAAAACACUCGGUCGACUGUUAAGGACAAACCUAUCUCGAGAACACUGGAUAACAGUUCUAGAAAACGAGGAAUGGAAAAAUACACAAGGCAAUCGUGACAUUAUGUCAACUUUGUAUAUGAGCUACGAUUACCUCCCUUUCGUACUGCAAAAAUGUUUUUCUUAUUUUGCCCUUUUCCCUAAAGAUCAUAGGUUUAGUAGUUUAGAAAUGAACCGUUUUUGGAUUGCUUUAGGUAUCAUAGAUUCUACUAACUUGGCCGAUAAUAGUUACUUGGAAGAACUAGUGGGCAAUGGUUUUCUCAUGAGGGAUGGUAUUAACUAUGUAAUGCAUGACUUAAUACAUGAGCUAUCUCUAAGAGUUUCAGCACAAGAAUGCCACAAUAUAAGUAUUUCAGAUUUUAAAGCUGACGCAGUCCCACCAUCUGUUCGGCACUUAUCUGUGACCUUAAAAAAUAGAUAUGAUGAAAAUUUUCGGAAAGAAAUGAGUAAACUGGAAAGAAGGAUAGAAAUUGCAAAUUUACGAACAUUGAUGAUUUUUAGCGAAUAUGAAGAAAGAACUUCUGAUAUUUUAAAAGAUACGUUCAAGGAACUAAAUAAUCUGAAUGUCCUAUUUAUAGUUGUGAAAUCCCUAGAUGACUUGCCAAAAAACUUUUCAAAACUUAUCCACCUUCAGCACCUCAAACUUGGAUCACCUUAUGGCAUAGAAAUAACUUUACCUAGCACACUAUCUAUGUUCUAUCACUUGAAAUUCUUAGAUCUAGAUGAUUGGCAUGGUAGUUCGAAUUUGCCUAAAGACAUUAAUCGCCUUGUGAAUUUGCAAGCAUUCCUUGCUAAAAAAGAACUCCACUCCAGUGUUCCUGAGGUUGGAAAGAUGAAGUAUCUGCGGGAGCUAAAAGAAUUCUGUGUUAGGAAAGAGAGUGUUGGAUUUGAAUUAGUAGAGCUGGGGAAAAUGACAGAGCUUGGAGGAGAACUAAGAAUAUGUAAUCUUGAAAAUGUUGUAACCAAGGAAGAAGCUACUUCUGCCAGAUUGAUGUCAAAAAGGAAUAUGGGAGCAUUGACACUAGUUUGGGGGAAAGGGCAACAGGACACAGGAUCUGAUAUUCUUGAUGGCCUUCAACCACACGCUAAUCUUAGAGCACUUGGCAUUAUAAAUCAUGAUGGUGCCGCUGGUCCAAGUUGGCUGUGUCCUGACAUCUCAGUGAAAAACUUAGAAUCUCUCCAUUUAGAAGGCGUGCAUUGGGGCACGCUUCCACCUCUUGGGCAGCUAGAGCAUCUAAAGGAACUUUCUUUGAAGAGCAUUUCUGGACUGCGUCAGUUAGGACCUGACUAUGGUGGCAAUAAAGGAAAAAGUUUCAUCCAUCUGUGGAGAAUUGUUAUUUAUGACAUGCCAGAACUUGUGGAAUGGGUCGUGGAACCUGAUUCACAGUUGUUUCCAAGGCUAAGGACCAUCAUGUGCACAUACUGUCCCAAUCUCUGUGUGAUGCCCUUCUCCAAGCUUUCUUGUGCCAAAUUGCGCAAUCUUCAUAUUGAUGAUUGCCCCAAGCUAUCUCUGCUCUCCAUGCCUCUCUGUUCAACGCUUCAAGAACUUUCAGUUGUGGAAUCUGGUUCAAGAAAGUUGACUUACAGUCAGAAGGUAUUGGUUAUUUGUGGGUAUAAUGGUGGUUUGGACUUCCAUAAUCUGGAUAAAGUUGAGCAUAUGAGCAUUGCAGACAUAUCACACAUUUCAUUGACAGAUGUCAACAAUCCUAAAUCCCUGAGAAGGACAGCUAUGGGAGGACGCAACAGCAUGAGCUAUGAAGAUCUGGAUGGCAGGGUUGUCUUCCAUUCAGUUCAGAAUGAAGACCAUGUGGAACGUGUAAUACGGUUUCCAUCAUCAAGCUCACUGCAGACGCUUAGCAUCUCCGGUUGUGCAGGCAUGGUUCUACUGCCUACGGGAGAUGGAGAACAAAUCCAGGCCACUGCCUUGCUACAUUCAGUUACAAUAUUCAGAUGUGUUAAAUUGUUCUCUCGGUGGCCCAUGGGAGAAACAGGAGGAGAACCUCAGACCAUGAAGCCUUUCCCUGCUUCCCUCAAGAAGCUUGGUAUUUCAUCUGAAUCAAGCAUACAGUCAAUGGCUCUGCUCUCAAACCUCACAUCUCUCACCCAUCUGACACUGCAAGAUUGUGUUAAGUUAACAGUAGAUGGGUUUAAUCCUCUCAUCACAGUCAACCUGAAGGUAUUGGUGGUCUUUAACUGCCGUUGGGACAAAAGUUGUCCUGAAUCAAUAGCAGCAGAUCUGCUCUCAGAGGUGGCAAGUAGCAGGAAAAUGCCUGCAGGUUCCUUCCAAUUGGAACAGCUCAAGGUGGACAGCAUCUCAGCAGUGCUUGUCACUCCCAUCUGCAACCUCGUCGCCACUACCAUCCACACUCUGAUAUUCUGCCAUGAUCACCGGAUCAAAAGUUUCACAGAAGAGCAAGAGAAGGCGCUUCAGCUCCUCACAUCACUCCGACACCUCACAUUUGAUGGUUGUGGGGCUCUGCAGUCCCUCCCGCAAGGGUUGCAUCGCCUUUCUUCUCUCAAGGACAUAGAGGUUCGUUGGUGUCCUGAAAUGCAAUCCAUGCCCAAGGAGGGCUUCCCCGUUUCGCUGCGAACCCUACGCAUAAGGCCUUGCAACACCGAGGUUAAGGAGCAAAUUGAGAACCUCAGAAGAGCAAGCCCAGGUUUAUCUGUAAGAUACGAGUAA